AUGGAUAAUUGUACAGGUCCAAAACCGAUACUGUCUAUAUUAAAUAGUUUACAAAUUUUGCCGAUUCGCUCAAUUAGAUGUUCUGUAUAUGGGAAGGAAAAUCAGGAAUUGUUCUCAUGCGAUUUCCAUUGUGCCUUGCUUGUGGCAAUUACGAUUCACAAAUCGCAAGGUUUAACAUUACCACAAACAGUAUUAGACAUUGGCAAUAAGGAAUUCGUUAUAGGUCUUACAUUCGUAGUCCGUGCUCUUUCUGAUUUCAAUAGUACUUUCUCUUAUUAUAGUUUACAAAAAUUGGAGACAAGUACACGUUUGUAG